AUGUUAUUUAGCAUAUUAAACAAUAUAUUAUUAGCUAGUGGAAAUCUAGUUGUAACUACUAAAGGAUAUAAAGUAACAGGAACAGAUAAAGGAUCAUAUGAACUUACAGUAGUAACAAGUGGAAAUAGGAAUAUGCUUAUUGAGAAAAUGAAAGCAUCAGGUGUAUCAAGAGUAUUAGUUGGAGGAUGGGAAAUACCAGGACCAGAAAUGGUUUUAGAUACAGUAGGUAAUGUAGUACCAGUUGAACAUCAUAAUAUGCCAUGUUAUGAAAUGUUAUCAGAUAAAAGUUGUCCAUCAAAAGUAGUUAUUCGUAAGAUUGGUGGAGGUUGUAAAGAUUUUUAUAUGGUACAUGCUAAAGUAGUAGAUGAUAAUUGUCAUCCACAACCAGACUGUAAACCAGAACCAGAAUCAGAAUGUCAUAAUAACAACAUGAAUGAUGAUUUAGAUAGAGUUAAUGUUUAUCAUCAACAUUAUUAUAGAUAUCCUCGUUAUAAUUAUGGUUAUCCUUCUUAUAAAAAAGAUUACUAUAAAAGAGACUGCUAUAAAAAUGACUAUUAUUAUAUGAAUAGAAGAUAUUAUGAUGAUUCAGAUAGCUCUAAAUGUUACACUCCAGAUAUUUGUGAUGAAUCAAAUAGUACUUACUGCCCACCUAAAUACCCAAAAUUAAAAGGUAAUUUUUGUAAAACGUCCUCAUGUGAUCUUGAAUUUAAACCAGGAACAUUUGACUGUUACAAAUUUAAAGAUUGUGAGUCAAAAAAUCCAAAAUUGUCAUUCUAUUACAAUAGAAAACCAUAUUGCUUAGAUCUUUCUCAAAACCAUAAUCUUAAUGAAUACAAAUGUCCAACUUUUUUUAAUGACUAUAAAUACCUCCAUAAGGUUUAUAAUGCUUGUUAUAAAAGAUUUGGUUGUGAUAUAGCAUUCUAUGUUUCACAAACUAAUAAUAUUGUUGUAGGUGUAAAAAGUAGUUGGUACUACGUUAGUGUAACUGAAAAUAAGGUGAAAUUGGUCAAAGGUAAUGCUGAUAAAUGUAGAAGAUUUGUAAGAGAAGGAGAAUACAGAAGAGUUCUUUUCGAGUAA